AUGUCUUCCUGGGUGAUUACUGGAGUCUCACGCGGACUCGGCUUCGAGUUCAUCCGCCAGCUCUCCGAAAACCCAGCCAACACCAUCUUCGGCCUCGUUCGUGACAAAGCAGCUGUCGAGUCCAAAGUAACCGCUGAAAUCGGCAGGAAAAAUAUUCACAUCAUUCAGGCCGACACCACGGACUCAUUGGCAUUGGAGAGAGCAGCUCAAUAUGUUUCUGAGAAAACUAAUGGGGCCCUCGAUUAUGUUAUAGCCAAUGCUGCACUCCAAUCCAAGACUGCGUUAGUUAGCUUUGAUACUCUGAGCCGCGAUCCAAAGGGUCUUGAACAAGAUGUUAUUGACCACUUCCGAGUCAAUACUAUCGGCGCUAUUCAUCUUUUCAAUACUUUCAUGCCCUUGAUAUUGAAAGGCCAGGCAAAGAAAGUAAUUGCUAUCUCCACGGGUAUGUCGGACCCUGAGAUGACUCUCAAGGCUGAUAUCUACCAAGCCACAUCCUAUGCAAUGAGCAAGGCAGCUCUGAAUAUGGCUGUAGCCAAGUUCAGCGCCUUGUACCGUGAGAAAGGAGUCCUCUGCAUGGCAAUUUGCCCUGGUGCCGUAGACACCGGCAGUCUUAAUAUUAAGACAGAGGAGGAGGGACAGUUGGCUGUAGCUAUGUUUGAGAAAUUUAAGCAGUAUUCACCCACCUUCGAAGGGCCUACGAAGCCAGAAGACAGUGCCAAAUCGGUUUUGGCGCUCAUCAAUAGGGCUACUGUUAGCGGUGGUUAUGCAGGCGUCUUUCUCUCUCAUAUGGAAUCAAAGCCGUACCUUUAAGGUAGUUAGCAGGAUUACAGCUGGAAUCUUCUCAAAAUCUGC